GCAGGAAAUGUUUGCUCUCUUCCCCAAGAAUGGCCCAAUCAAGGGUAAGUGCCAGAAACGUGCGAGAUUGUUUCACGCACAAAGCAUCAAUCUCAAAAGUGAGUCUAGGCCAGCAAGCUCUUCUUUUUUACGGAAAGCUCUCUUUGAGAUGAAGGCAUUUGACUUUGAGGACCACGUUUGUGGAACAACAUUGUGGUCUGGAUCGUUCAAGUGAAAGAGUGAAAAUGGUGAUCCUAGACAAAUAUGAACACGACAAUAGCUUCACAUGCAGUGUUCCCCCUCAGAUGUCCGUACAAUGUGGAACCCAGGGUGCCCAACGGGGGUGGAGGCAAACAAAAAGAGAGUGGGUGAAUGACAAAAGGGUCUUAAAUUAGCUUGGAUUCAUGUUUGGAACUCAUCAAGACGAACAACCCGGACGACGAGGAAGAAGAAUAUAAAGAAAAAGAGAGGAGGAGGGUUGAGCGUUUGUGUCCCAUGGUCUUCUGUAGUCUCAAUUGGCGAAGAACUUACAGAAUCAUAGCAGACACUGGUUUAAGAUGAACAAUAUUUAUAACACAGGCAAGGAAAUGUUCCUAGUUCCAACGAUCAAAGCUUGUUUAUCGUCCAACUCAUUGAGCUUAUUGUGAAAGCGAUGGCAUGCUAGGCAAGAAGCAUCAUGUGUCGUUAGCAAAAAACGAGCGUCGAUAAAAAAAAAAUAGGGUCACGUGUCCGUCUUGUUCUCAGUUCCAGAUUUUGAUGGGACUUUUAACUGAUGACCUGGUCUCCCUGGUGUUGGUGUAUGCAUGUGUGGUGGGAGAAGAGGAUCAUCUUUGGAGUAAUGAUGAUCAUCUUGUUAUUUGUCGAGGCUCUGUACGGAAGCUCAUCAGUCAAGGAAAUGGUUCCGCCCCAUCCCACAGCACGUACUGUGCCACGUUCCAAGUUCCACGUACGGAGACAGUCCACAGCGCUACACAUGGGAUAUCUUUACGUUCACAACUGGAUGGAGGAUGGAUGCGAAUGAUCCACUAGGAGACAACAUGGAAAUGGGCUCUCCCUGGGUGGUGAGGGGCGUACUGCAUAGAGUAUGUACAACGGUUAAUGGCAACUGCUAAGGGUGAGAAAGAAGGGGAUCGGUGUAUGUAGGACGUACUUGGCAAAUGGAAUGUUAGCGUGGGAUGGGACUCUUGGAACCGUCGACGACAACGACGACGUCGAAGGAGGGGAAGAGACAAAAUGGGUUCCGCUUGCAUCCUUCCUGUCAUGACAUCCAAACGAGGCUUUUUACAACAAACCCCUCAGGAGCUUCCUUGGAAAACUCGUACUUUGAAAACAUUCAAAAUAUGUGUAAAUGUUGGGACCAUAAUAUUGAAUGAUAUGUCAUCAUUGUUGGGGCACCGCAACUACGUAGAAGUGAACUGUUAAAAACAUUUCGUUAUGCAAUCUGACGAUUUCGUUAUCAGUUAACAAAGAACUUCAGUGGGCACACUUGCAAUAUGUCAUGUCAAAAAGUGCAAGUGGAUCAAAGUUAAACAUGGGAGGAACGUUUUGGGCUAAGGCAAAACAUGGGCCGAAAAAGAUCUUGGAUAAUAUCACGAUUGAACCAAUGAUUAUCUUGUUCAACUUCUCGGACGCUUUGGAUAUGCUGAGUUUGGACCAACUCAAAAUUGAAAAGACCUGUAUUCAAAAGUUUAACUACACUUCCGAAAUGUGCAGUAACCUUGUCGAAUACGAAGAUGCAAAUCUGGAGGUUCAAAAUUAUGUGGCUCAGUUUAAUGUGUAUGUGACCGUCAUCGUUUCCAUUUUCCCGGCCAUUCUGGCUUUCUAUAUGGGUGCUUGGUGUGACUUGAUUGGCCGGAAAGUCAUCAUGUUAGCCUUCUUUUCGGCCAAGGCCCUUGGCGCAGCCUUUCUGGUUUGCUAUUCUCACUGGAUGGACAUGCCUUUGGAGUACUUCUUUGUAGCCAUGGCCAUUCCCUCCAUAAUGGGCGGAGAUCCGGCUUUCAAUAUGUCCGUCUACUCCUUCAUUUCCGACAUCUCACGACCCGAGCAAAGAGCAUUCCGUAUGGGAAUGAUCCAUAUCUCAACCAAGAUUUUCAGGCCUUUUGCACUACCUUUGGGUGCUUGGCUGCUACGAGAAGGAAGUUUUGUGGCUGUCACCGCCACGUCAUGCGGUGGAUUUGCUCUUGGGGGAUUUCUAUUAUGGCUGCGACUGCGGUCGUUCAAUUGGACCCCCGUGAAAUCGGAUACGGAUAGCAAGCGAAACAUGUUCCACCCAUAUCAUGUCUGGGACUCAAUUACAACCAUCUUUAAACCUCGUCCCAACCAUCGAAGAAUGUAUCUAUUACUCCUUAUGGGUACAAUGAUCUCGAUCUAUGCUCCUUUCCAAGGCGAGAAAAAUGUCAGCUAUUUCUAUGUGCGAACCCGAUUCGGUUGGGAAGUGGAUGAGUAUAGCAACUAUAAUACGUUUCAGCAAAUCGUCAGCACGAUAGGACAAGUCAUCGCCAUUCCAAUUCUGGCCUACUACGACAUUUCAGAGACGCUCUCAAUCAUCAUAAUGGUGGUCACAACCAUGAUCCGACACAUUGUUCAAGGAUUGGCUACACAAGAGUGGUUGUUCUACCUGGGAGCGUUAAUCGAUUUAAUGGACUUUUACCCCUUGGCCGUGACUCGGGCUCUGAUUUCGUCUUGCGCUCCCAAACACGAGUUGGGCAAGGUGCUGGCUUUGAAUUCCAGUUUAGAAGGCCUCGUACCGUUAAUAAUCAGCCAAAUCUACGCUUCCAUUUGGCAGUAAUGGAUUCAUUGGCGCUAUUUACAUAUUUUCCGCCUCCAUGACUGCCGUGGGUCAAGUCUUUUCCAUCUUCAUUCACGUUCACCUGAAAGGGCAAAGAUUGGCGGCCUUAGACCAAAGCAAUAUGGAUGAAGA